UUUUGGAGUGAUUUACAGAAAUUUAUUUUUCUGUUUGAUUAGGUGUCUACAGUCCAUCAGUGGGACAGGGGAUUGUAUGUAUAUUGCUUGAUUGUUCUACCCCUGUUCCCACUCUCCCUACCCCCCUGUAUUCUGUGAACACCGGCACCUCUCAAGUACCGCAUCAGUUCAGACUGAUGUCGAUGGAACAGGACACCGGGGCACUGCCACGGCGCACUGCCAGGAUCGCAGUUCGUGCCCGCCCUGCGGUACCUCCAAGACCCAAGAGAUUCAGCAGACGGACGACUCCAGCGGCAUCAAGUACGGCAUUGACAGUACAAGACACCACCGGAGAUCUUCCCGCAUGCCAGGUCCGAGAGGCCAGCGAGCCUUUGGCUGACUAUCGUGAGCGGCUACAGGCAUUUACAGACGCUGUAGCCGCCGCCGAGGCUCAGCAGGCUGCGGCAGAGGCAGAACGUCAGCGGCUGGCCAAUGAGGCGGCAGCCGAAGCUCAGCGGACAACUGAGACUGACGAAGCGGCACGAAACAGACGGAAUGCCGCCAGCACGGAGUCCCUGAUUGCUAGUGAGCAUCAGUGGACAACCGUACUCCAAGGCAUGAUCUUUGUGCCUACGGAAACGCAGGCGGAGCCCACACAGGCGGAGGCAGAGAGAAGUAACCUGGCUACCGUGAUGUUGAACGUAAUGAGGGGAGUAAUGUGGAACAACAAACUACUGCAGGCACACCUGCACGCGGAACGACAGAUAAGACAGCAGUAUCAGCAAGACCUGGCCGCUGUAACGGCCGACGUCCGCAACGCAGCAAUGCAGCAGCAGCAACAGCAACAGCUGAUGAACUCUACCAUCGCACGCAUCAACGGCAUUGAGGCCAAGGCCUCAGCAGCGCCAGGCUGCACGACGGACGCGACGAAGCAAAUCAACGAACGCAUCGAUCACGUCGUCACCAUCAUCAGCGACAUAGGUGUUUUCAACGGACCGAACACGAUCAGCAGCACGGUGGCCGCCMUCAAGACGGACAUCACCAAGCUACAUACGAGACCGGACGCCGCUACAAAGACGUUCAAGAUGCCGCACUUCGACAUCUGCAAGUUCGACGACUACAACAAGUCGGACGCUUUGACAUGAAGCGUCAUGCCGCACUGUCCCGGCGAACGACAUGUUAAAGGCACUCUAUUUGCAA